AUGGCCCGGCACCAGAACCCUCCGUUUCGCGCUGAGCAACUGGGCUCUCUGCUCCGUUCAGACGCUUUGAUCCAGAAGCGCGACGAACUGAGCGAAGGGAAAAUUGCCAGAGAAGAACUUGUCCCGCUUGAGGAUCACGAUAUCAAAGAAAUUGUCGCUAAGCAGAAGGAGCUCGGAUUCCAUGCCAUCACCGACGGGGAGUAUCGCCGUCAUAUGUUCUGGGGCUCUUUCUUCCCCAGCCUUGAAGGCUUCACACAGCUGCCAAAGCCUGACCCGAACAUGUUCCGUCUUUACAUGCCUGAUAUUGCCGCUUUCGCAGAGGAAGAAGUCGAGCCUGGCGAAACCGUGAUUUGCACGGGCAAGAUCAAGCACAAGGGCAGCAGCUAUGUGGAUGACUUCAAGUUCUUGACUGGUUUGGUGAAACCGGAAGAGGUCAAGAAUAUCAAGAUCACCCUUGCUGCGCCUAAUUGGUACCACAUGCGGUACAAGGAGGGCUAUGCUUAUUCGAAGGAUGCAUACACCUCCGAUGACGAGUACUUUGGCGAUAUUGCCAAGGCGUACCAGGCCGAGCUGCAGGUAUUGUAUGAUGCAGGGUGUAGGAAUGUGCAAUACGAUGACCCUAAUCUUGCGUACUUCUGCUCCGAGAAAAUGAUUGAGGGCUGGAACGCCGAUCCACUGAACAAGGGCACUACUGAGGAACUUCUCGACAAGUACAUCAAGCUCUACAACGACUGUAUCUCAAAACGCCCGGCUGACUUGCAUGUCGGCGUCCACCUGUGCCGUGGAAACUUCCACAACUCCCGCCACUUUUCAGAGGGUGGUUACGACCGCAUAGCCGUCAAGCUGUUUAAGGAACUCAAUGUCGAUACGUACUACCUUGAAUACGACACCCCUCGAGCAGGCGGAUUCGAGCCACUGAAAGAACUGCCGCCGAACAAGAAUGUCAUCCUCGGCGUUCUUACCUCCAAAUUCGACACCAUGGAGGACAAGGAAGAGGCGAAAAAACGCAUCUUGCAAGCUGCAGAGUUCAUUGCUGCUGGUAACAAUAUCUCUGUGCAGGAAGCCUUGAAACAGUGCGGUGUGAGCCCCCAGUGUGGUUUCGCGAGCCACCACGGCGGCAAUGCAAUCAGUCGCGAGGGCAUGUUCAAGAAGCUCAAGCUUGUGCGCGAAAUUGCCGACGACCUUUGGCCUAAUGAGCCUUGA